AUGAACAAGCAACCCAUCGCCAGGGACUACGCUGGACAGCUGGACGCCUGGACAGCAAAGAUUCGGCCUGUUCCUGCCCCUCACUCUGCACAGACCUCAGCUCAUGGGUCAUCUUACGAGAGAGGCUGUCCUUCCCCCCUCCUGGCCCAGCCCCUUUGGCUGCUCGUCACAGCACCUUCCCCACCUCACGUUUUAGGUGUUUACUUGUGGACGGCUGUACUGCCCGUGGGGACUGAGAGCUCCGCGGUGCAGCGAUGA